UCUCUCUCUCUCUCUCUCUCUCUCUCUCGCUUAAACAACAGCACUAACUUUUGUGUGUUGCAAAUAUAAAAGGCAAGCCAUGUGACAGAGGGACAGAAGAACAAAAGCAUUGGGCAGUAACAAGACCUCUUUUUAGCGCUCAGUUUAGGAGUCCAAAAGGAGGUAGGAGCAACACAUUUUCCAAAGCUUCCUUGGGAGCAGAGGAGCCAGUUCUUUAAAAACUAUCACUAAGUCUUGCAGCUGGAAGAGAGGCCGUGCAGACUUACUACAUCCCUGACAGCCUGUUCAGCCUCUGUUUGAAAAAGUUGAGCAAAGGAGAACUCACCACUCCAUGAGACAGAUUGCUCCUUUAUCAAACAGCUUUUACAGUCUGGAAAUUCCUCCUCAUAUCUAACCUGGAGCUACUUCCUUGUAAUUUUACCCAUUUGUUCCACUCCUACUGCCAGGAGCAACAGAGAACAAGUUCACUCCAUCUGUGUGGCAGACCUUCAGGUAUUUCAAAGCCAUGCAAGAUACGUUUUGAUGGAUUAUAACCUCAGCAAAUGCAUAACCCCAAACCAGCAAUGACAACUCAGAGACUUAAAAGAGAUCUUUCACUUUCCUCAAAAGGGAUUGGGCUUUAUUCUUUAGAGUGCUUUUGAUACUCUACCUCCCUCUACUGUUACUCCUGAGAAGUUCUCCAAUGAUGGGAAAUCAUGUACUAGCAGCUUCAAUUUCCAUGCUGUCCCUUCUGGCAAUCAUGGGAGACACAGACAGUAAAACGGACAGUACCUUCAUGAUUGACUCAGACCCAGGCCGUUGUAUGAGGCAUCAUUACGUUGAUUCCAUCAGCCACCCUUUGUACAAGUGUAGUUCAAAGAUGGUGCUGCUGGCUCGCUGUGAGGGACGCUGCAGUCAGACAUCACGCUCUGAACCAAUGGUGUCAUUCAGUACAGUCCUGAAACAGCCUUUUCGCUCUACCUGCCAUUGCUGCCGGCCACAGACUUCCAAGCUGAAGGCCAUGCGGCUGCGCUGCUCAGGCGGCAUGAGGCUCACUGCCACCUACCGCUACAUCCUCUCCUGCCACUGUGAAGAGUGCAACUCCUAGGGGCAAAACUGGUGCAGCAGAAAGUGAGGGAGGGACAGAAGCUCUGCUGCAGGGCUCCCAGAAGCAACCACAGCCAAGGGUUGCCUCUUCACCAGUAUGCUCCUGCAGUACUGACACAGCGAUGGAUAAUUAAUAGGAUUUUCUUUCAGAGCAGCAGAGAGUGUACCAUGACGAGGCUCCAGAAUGUGCCAAAACAUGAAACAGACAUCAGAAUGUAUAUCCUCCAUGCUGAAGAUGAAAACUCUUGGUGGAGGGGGCUAGUUUUCAGAAACGCAUUUUUAUUGGGAAAAUACUUCUUGGUAGUUUUUCUGGCUCAGAAGUUCUUUAAUCCCAAUUAAGGGACGAUGAAGAAUUAUGGCUCUUGGUUUGAGUAUCCUGGCAGGUGAAGUAAAAAAGUAAAGACAUAUAGACACUGUACAAUGGAUAUUAUUAUGUGGAAAAUGUUUUAUUCUAGAAGAAGAGAAAAGCGCUGUCCCUGUAUACAGAAGCCUAUUGUAUCAUUUAAGCACCCCCAUUAGUUUAUGUUGGCUUUGAAAAUGGACUGUGUUGAUCAUAAGAAUUAUAUUUUAUCUGGUCUGGCAACCAAGUGCUAGACAAUUUAUUGUGAUUUAGGUGCAGUUACAAAAUAAAGAACAGAAAAUUUA